AAGCGCGGCAAUUCGAAUUCUACCAAACGCAAUAAUUCGAAUUCUAGGAACCGCGAUAAUUCAAAUUUUAUGAAACGCAACAAUUCGAAUUCUAGGAAACACAGGAAUUCGAAUUUUACUAAGCGCGACAAUUCAAAUUCUAGGAAACACGAAAAUUCGAAUUUUACCAAAUGCGACAAUUUUAAUUUUACGAAACGCAAUAAUUUGAAUUCUAGGAAACACGAAAAUUCGAAUUCUCCAAAGCGCGGCAAUUCGAAUUCUAAGAAACGCGACAAUUCGAAUUCUACGAAACGCAAUAAUUCGAAUUUUACGAAACGCAACAAUUCCAAUUCUACGAAACGCAGUGAUUCGAAUUUUAGGAAAUUCAACAAUUCAAAUUUUACGAAACUCAACAAUUCGAAUUUUACGAAACGCAACAAUUCCAAUUCUACGAAACGCAAUAAUUCGAAUUUUACGAAACGCAACAAUUCCAAUUGUACGAAACGCAAUAAUUCGAAUUUUACGAAACGCGACAAUUCCAAUUCUACGAAACGCAGUGAUUCGAAUUUUAGGAAACUCAACAAUUCGAAUUUUACGAAACGCAACAAUUCCAAUUGUACGAAACGCAAUAAUUCGAAUUUUACGAAACGCAACAAUUCCAAUUCUACGAAACGCAGUGAUUCGAAUUUUAGGAAACUCAACAAUUCGAAUUUUACGAGACGCAACAAUUCCAAUUCUAGGAAACGCAAUAAUUCGAAUUUUAGGAAACUCAACAAUUCCAAUUCUACGAAACGCAGUGAUUCGAAUUUUAGGAAACCCAACAAUUCGAAUUUUACGAGACGCAGCAAUUUAAAUUCUCGGAGACACGGAAACUCGAAAUGUACGAAACGCGGCAAUUUGAAUUCUACCAAACGCAGUAAUUCGAAUUCUAGGGAACACGAAAAUUCGAAUUCUCCAAAGCGCGACAAUUCAAAUUCAUCUACGAAAAUGAAAGUUCGAACUCACUGUUGCGCUCCGAAAAUGUCCAAAGCAUCCAAAACGGGAGAGAGAGUGAACGACGAAUAGCAGAACUUACAAUUACAAUUAGACACUCGUACUUUCAAUCGGAACUCGAAGAGAGGCAGCUACGAAUGAAAGAAAAAAAAAAAAAAAAGAAAAAAAGAAACGAAGGAGUUGCUCGAAGGAGAGUUUGCUCGCUACUUGUUAGCAUCCUCUGGAGAUAUGAUAAUAAGCGGCAUGGCGGAGCUUUAUCUGUUCGCAAGUUGUUGCUUGCUCAUUAUCGCGCCGGCUUUGAAUAAUUUACGACGGCGAGUUGCGAGGAGGCACGUGGCUCGGUUUCUCUUCUUCGAGUUCUCUGCAAUUGCUGGCCGUGUUUACCACCCUGUAAAAGGGACCGAACCGAUAAGAUAACGGUGACGGUAAUUUAGAGCAGUUCGGAUGAUUGCAAGCGCGCAGA